AUGAAUUUAGAAACACCAUUAAGUAUGGCGGCCAGAUGUAAUGAUAUUAAAUUUGUUCAGUUCCUUCUUGAAAGAGGAGCCAAGGAAUUCCUUACAAAUCCAGAUCGUCCGAGAUAUCCUAUUUUUCAAUGCUCAAAUUACCAAAAUUUCGAACUUUUAAGGGAUAAAUGGUUCGAUCCUAAUGUAGUAUAUCCUGAAAGACAAAGUCCUUUUGCUAUGUUGUUUAGUUAUUCUGAUGAAAAAACAAUUAAUUUCAUGAUUCAACAAAAAGUCAAACCAAUUCAAAGAGAUAUACAUUUUGCUGCUAAUAAUGGUAAUUUAUCCUGUCUUAAAUACUUUGUUGAUGAAUGUGGACUGAAAUUAAACAAAGAAACACUUCAAAUAGCUCUCUCAAAAGGACAAACAGAAAUGGUUGAUUACAUCAUUUCAAAAGGGAUACAUUGCGAUCCUGCUAACAUUCCGAAGCAUAAAAUUGAAGAAAUUAAAAAAAUUUAUGAAAAAUAUAAUUUGAAAUUCGAAUUUUCGGAAUAUGAAACAAACAGAUAUUGCAUUAAAUAUGCCAUUGCUUCAAAUCCAGAGUUUAAAUUAUCAGAAAGAAAUUUUGCUGAAUCUUUUGAUGAUUUACUUUGUUAUUAUCAAAAUGGUGUUCGUACAUGCAAGAGAAUCAGAUGCGCGAACUAUGAACUUAUAGAUGACAUGAAUUCACUACUUUAA